GAGAGCAUUGGAGCGGAAGGAAGGUAAGAAGGCAGCCUCUUCCUUUCCAAAGAGAAAAGACCGAGGAGUGCUUCCCAGGCAAAGUGGACAAGAAACCCAACCCCUGAGCAAAGCCAUCUCCGGAGGAACCGUGUUGAAUUUGGAGUCGCACCAGGGAAGGGAAGGAAGGGCAAAGGGAGGAGGCGCCAUGGCCUCUGGGUGGCCAGAUCUAGCGCUCUUCCUCUUCCUCGCCUGCUUCCCGACAGGCUGUAUCUCUGUCCUGGUAACUGUCCCAGAAACUGAGCGAUACACCAUGUUAUUUGCCUCUGUGAUACUCAGGUGUGAUUAUAGUACCUCGGCACCAUUGCAGGAUGUGGUAGUUACCUGGCGUUUUAAAUCCUUUUGCAAGGAUCCCAUCCUUGACUACUACUCUUUUGCCUAUCAGGCAAGCCUAGGUCUGGGCCAAGAUCCUUCUAAUGAUUGCAAUGACAAUCAACGGGAAGUGCGAAUUGUCGCUCAGAAAAGGGGGCAGAAUGAACCUGUCCUGGGUGUUGAUUACAGCCAGCGGAAGAUCACCAUUAGAAACAAAGCAGAUCUCGUGAUCAAUGAAGUGAUGUGGUGGGACCAUGGAGUCUAUUACUGUGCUGUUGAAGCUCCAGGAGAUACAUCUGGUGACCCAGAUAAAGAGGUCAAGCUCAUUGUUUUGAACUGGCUGACAGUAAUCUUGAUCAUCAUUGGUGGCCUGCUCCUUCUGUUGCUGAUUGGGAUAUGCUGGUGCCAGUGUUGCCCCCAGCACUGUUGCUGCCAUGUGCGCUGUCCCUGCUGCCCAACUCGCUGCUGUUGUAAUGAAAAAGUCCUGGAACGACAUCAAUUCAUGAAGCAGGCUCGACAGCUUUUGCCAUGGAUGGCACAACACUCCCAGUCAUCUUCAUACCAACUAAACCCACUGUUAAAGCGAGAAAUGUCUACACAUAGCAGUCAGCCUCUGAUGCCUCCACUUCCUCAAAUGCCCCACAGCAACAAGUUCUUAGACCAUCUUGAGUCUGAACUCAGGAAUCUCAACCUUUCCCAGCCUGUGCUGCCUUCACGUUAUGUUGGGGUCAGCCGACAGCCUAGCAUCCUUUCUUCUCUGGGCCCAGAGAUUGUUGAACGCAGAGUGAUCCAGCUGCCUCCCUUAGUGGAGCACAUCCCUUCUUCUCAGAGAUCUAGCAGUUCCUCACGCCCACGUCGGACUAUCCAUACCCCAAGACCACGUAGCACCCCAAAUGAGGAAGAGAGGCCGGGGAGUAGGCGGAGGCGGCGUUUGUCUUUGGAUGAAGAUUUCCAUUCCAGUGAUGAUCAAGAAUCAUGGAGCAGAAACAGGGAGCCCAGAGCUGAGAGGCAGAGGGAUAGCAGCUAUUAUGACCGAUCUCGGAGUUCUAGGCCAGGCACAGCAUCCUUAUUGCAUAGUAGGAACAGUCUUCACUCCUAUCCAGAGGAGGCUAGGAGGGAGACUUCCAGACAACAGUACUCUGACAGAAGAUAUCAGCGAUCAGAGCGAGAGCCUUAUCGACAGAGCAGUGAUCGCAGGAGCCGCCAACGACAUCGGAGCUAUUCUCCCCCUUCCCGACGGGACUCUUGGAGCUCAUCUGACGAGUCUGAGCGCCUCCGGAGGAAAAUGAGACAACAUUACCAGCAUCGUUCCCCAAACUGGGCAGAGGAUAAACCCCCCAGUUAUACAUCAGUUGAAAAUGGCUCAGCCAAAGGUGGCAUAAACAGAAGCCGGACAGAGCGGCAAUCGGAAAAAGACAGUUCUCGCAGUGGAAGGAGUGUGGUCCUCUAGCCCCUUUUUAGUUUGGCUCCAGCAUCAUAAGUGACUGUGUCUGCUCACUUGAGAUAUAGUCAUCUCUGGUUGUGAACAUUAGCCAUCAAGCAUCUCAUGAUUUCAUGGUUUCCUCAACACUUUCUGCCUUCAGUUGUUUACUUUGAAUACUUUAAUUUCCAAUAUGGUUGUUUAUGAAAAGGCAUCACUAUCCUAAGAAAAGUUCCUUGUUAUGUAUUUAUUUUGUAUUUAAGGAAUAUCCCAGCAUUAGCCAGAGUGUCAGCCGUUGAAAAAAACAUAGCCACAAGGGAUACAAACCAGUAAAGCCAUUGAAAAUAAAGUUUCUUCAUAAAAAUGGUUAGAAAUAGGCAGAAAAAAUCUUUAGAUGCCGAUGCAUGCUGAAGCCAGUAUGCUUAUGUGUUUGACUUCAGUCUCAACUGAGUUUACAAUAUGUUCAGAAUGCUUUUUAAUAUCUACAUAAUUAAAAAGCAUUGAGGACAUAACUGGGUGGAUCUUCCAGUUUGGGGGUUGAGCACCAUCAAUAUAUUGAUCAUAUUCAGCGUUCUCUUUGUUCUGUAACUGAUGCAAGGAGGUUGUGGAAAUCCAAAAUCAUUGUCUGGAUGCAAGGAAGACUAGGUGCUGCUGAAUCAACUGAAGUUCAAUCCAGACAAGACUCAAGUGCUGUUGGGCAAUAAGAAAACCAAUUUGGGAUUGACAUCACAACUUCUUCAAGCUUGUUGCUUAGGGGACUUUUCCUGGCCACUCCAAGCUCAUGAAAGGUUGGGUGUCUUCAGGGCUCAAAAGUAUUUUUGCCCAGCUUCAGUUAGUUUACCAUUUCCUGUGGAAGGCAGAUCUGGCCACAGUAGUUCAUACCUUCAACACUCUCUGAUUAGAGUACUGUAAUUAGUUUUAUAUGGGGCUGCCCUUGAAAAGUGUUUGGAAAUUGCAGCUAGUAAAAUUAGCAGGAGUCAAACUGCUAUUUCAUGUGUCUGUGUGUGU